CCUAAGGCAAAUUUUACGAGUGAGGGAUCGGCAGUUCCGAACGCCGAGACUUAACCGGUAAGGCGGGGUGAAAGAGCAAAAGAACAAUUUGGAAUUUUCUAAAUGUACACAAGCUUGAAGAAAGAGACCCUUGAGUGUGGACUGCAUACCAACAAUAUCUUAUCACCUGAUCUUAAUUGAAUACGCUCCCCCCCUUUUUGCAAGUACAUUGCUGGUCAUAAGCGAGGAUUUGAGAUUGUUUGACUUGCUAUCUCGAGGUUACACAGGGUUUGCUCGAUCAAGGUGGCGACGUCAACAUCAACGUCAAUUGAAGACUCGCCAAAUCUGGAAGACAGACAGUUACAGGAACAGAUACAGAAAGUACGGAAUUUGAGACAGAAUCUUAAGAUGAAUACAGAACCUUCGAGAUUAUCAGGGGAGGAUGAGUUGUAUGUUGGAGGGAUCGUCUCGUUGACGGAGAACUCUCUCCAAAAGAACAACAUCACACACAUUGUCAGUGUUCUGAAGUACGAUUUCAAGAACUUCAAUAUCGAUUGGAAUAAGUACAAACACCUCCAGAUCGAAGUGGAUGAUGUAGAGGACGAGAAUUUGCUGGGUGAAUUUGAGACGACGGGAGCUUGGAUUGAAGAGGCUUUAAAGGGCAAUGGGAGACUUGAGGGUGAUGAGGGCGAGAAGAAGAAGAGUGCUGUGCUUGUUCAUUGCGCGAUGGGUCGCUCCCGUUCUGUAACCAUUUUAAUCGCCUACCUCCUCCGUCAAUAUCCCUCACUCACUCCCCAUACUGCGCUUGCACAAAUUCAACAAACACGUCCUUUUGCUGAGCCUAAUGAUGGAUUUAUGGCGCAGCUCCAGUUAUAUCACGAAAUGGGCUGCCCGAGAAACAUAGAUGAUCAGCCUAAGUAUCAAAGAUGGUUGUAUCAAAGAGAGGUUGAGUUGGCUGUGGCCACUGGAGGACGACCUGAUUGGGUAAGAUUUGAGGACGAAGAAGAGCAGGAUAAACAGAAGGCAGACGGUAAAGAAAAGGAGAUCAGAUGUAGAAUGUGUCGCCGCAACCUCGUCACAACCCCUUACCUGAUACCUCACACACCCACCUCAAAAUUCACAUCUUCUCCCACCUCCCUCGUUAAUCCUCAGACAACACCCAUUUCCUCCCUUGCUUCCACUCCCCACCACAGCACUUGUACUCACCAUUUCUUACACCCUCUCUCCUGGAUGCGUCCCGAACUCGAACUCGGAAACUUAUCCGGAAGACUCGAAUGUCCAAACCAAAAAUGCAAAGCCCAAGUUGGAAAGUAUGCUUGGCAGGGGAUGCGAUGUAGUUGUGGAGUAUGGGUUUGCCCGGCUUUCAGUUUGUUGAAGGGAAGAUGUGAUGAGGUCACGAUCGGAAAGAGGGUGGAAGGUGGGAGCGGGGGUAUUAGGUUGCCUCCUGGGAUGAGAGGAAGUGGAACUACGUUAGAGAGGGAGAAGGGAAGUUUGUAGACUGGGGAUGGGGGUUGGUCCUGGAAUGAUUGAUGCUGCCGCGCGGGCGAGGUGACAAAAUGUGUAUGCAUGUAUGUACAUAUGUAUGAAUGGACAUAACCGCGGCACGUUACCGUACGGUACUAGACAGGAAUUGUAAGAUGUGAUAUAAUAGGAAGUUGAGGAGACUAGAUUGCAGGGCCAUAUACAUACACUGCUACCACCUGCAUCAAUGCCUGCAUAUGCAUACAGCAUAUACGUAGUUCUAAACAUUCUUCAUCCUGCACAUGUGACAUUCAAAUUUGAAAACGAAAAACCAGAAGCCAAAAAAACAAGUAGAAAAAGUUUAGGCAAUUGCAAGGAAUCGGAAAGUUCGGAUUUCGAAAUUUUCAGUGUCAAAAAAUGUCAAAGUAGUAUUUGCGGAACGACCGAGAGGUGAUGGAUUGGAUUGCCUGGCCCCGUUUGUGUAAUGCUGGGUUGUGUUUGCGCGGAUAGCAGGCGCAUCGAGCGGAUGAUGAAGGAAUGGAUUUCUGGUAUGGGUGUGGGGGUGGGUAAAGAAUCGAAACGUAAGCGGGAAGACGGUUCAGAACAAAUGGGUCUAGAUGCUUUAUCUGGCAGAUUGUGAAUCUGUGU